AUGGCGUCUACAAGCGACAAGGUCGAGACUCUGGAAUGUCCGUUCUGCGACUACAAAGAAAAGAAUGACUACCAGAUGCUCCUGCAUGUUGAAGUUUUUCACUCCGAAGGUGGUGAUAGUCCAUUCGCUGUCAAAGAUGGCAUGGAAGCAGCGAGACAGUCUCAUGCACCAAAACGAACAGACAGCUCGUCUUCAAACCCACGUUCUGGUCGUUCUACGCCUUCUCGCAUCGAAUUUGUACAAUGUCCUUAUCAAUGCGGCGAGCAAAUUCCUGCUGACGAUCUGCAAUUCCAUACUGAUUUCCAUAUAGCUGAAGACAUGGCAAACCAUGAUGCUGUUAUCAACGUCUCGAAUAACUUUUCCACCGAUAUCUCAAACGCGCUCAGGAACCAUGAUGAAGUUCUGUCUCAAGUUCAGUCCCCUGUCAAAGAGAAUCGCUGGAUAUCAUCGCUUAAGGACAUGUUCUCCACUCCGAUACUAAAGACUGGCCCAACUUUCAACACUAAGACGAAUAUUGGCGAGGUACGACGACUUGGUAAAACCGAGUUGGGGCCCUUUGCAAAUGAAAAGAGAAUGCCAUCCUCGUUGAUACGCCUGCUCGAAGACGGCGUUAAAACCACUGUGUCGAACAAGAUCGGCCAUGAUGGUAAAAUAGUCAAGGUCGAAGUUAUCAGCAACGAGACCCCGAAUCUUGUACCUGUCCUCGCGAGACUGUCGGUUCUUGAUAAGAAAGUGGCACGAGCCUUCUACUGCAACCCUUUUGUGCGGCACGUUGCCAAAUUGCCACAAGAAGGAGGCUUCUGUGGCUACCGCAACAUACAGAUGUUAAUCUCCUACAUCAGAGACGCUGCCGCUCCGGGCCACGAACACUUCGAUAACAAGAGAUUGCCUUCAAUCAUAAGACUACAAGAUAUGAUCGAAAGUGCGUGGGAUCAAGGCUACAACAGUGCGGGCAGAAUCGAAACAGGUGGCAUACGUUGGACACGGAAGUACAUCGGCACUCCAGAAGCACAAGCUUUGUUAUUAAGCUUGGGUAUACCUGCAGAGGCGCAAGCAUUCUCGUCGAAGGACAAGACUGAAGCAUACACGGCCAUGAUGCAUGCUGUCUGCAAGCACUUCGAAGACGGAACAGAACCAAGCAAUACCGACAAAGUCGUCAUUACCGAUAAGCCACCACUGUUUUUCCAGCAUCAAGGUCAUUCGAUGACUGUAGUCGGCGUCGAGGUCUAUACUGAUGGUCGAGCCGGCCUAGUGGUCUUCGAUCCGAUGUAUAAUCCUGCGAAGCAAUUGAAACAUCUAGCUUUGAACAAUAAAUUAGCAUUUUCGACACCAACACCUGGGAGACUUCUGAAAGCACAUCGAAGAGACGACAAAUAUCUCAGCCGAUACAAGGCGUUCGAAAUCAUCAAGACUGCUAUCAAGGCCGGCAUCAGCCAGGCUCAACCGACACAUCCGCUGCGGCAAAAUGAGAAGGCCGCCAGUAACGAAGUAUUGGGCAUACAAUACGAAGAACAUGAUACUCGUAAAUAUGAAGUUGACGUUAUAGACGUCUUGCAUUCCUGA